ACAUUCUGGUCUACACUCCAUGCCAGACGGUGGCGUUUAUUUUUGGUUCUGUACCAACCGCCACAAGAAGACGAAGAAGAAGGACGAACAAAAGUGCUUCCGGGUGAUAAAAAUGUCGGCUCCUGUCGGGGUGUCGGCACCGGUGUUCGGCCGUCCUGCCGUCCCUGCCUUCCCGUCCACGGCUCUGUCGGCCGAAGCCGCUCCGUUCAGUCCCGGAGAGUCGGACUGCUCGCCGCUAGACUCUCUGUCGGACGCGGAGAAGCAGUUUUCCCGCUGCGCCGCAAAGCUUCGAGCCCUGAGACCAGACUGCAGCCAGCUGAGAGAGGAGCUCAAUCAGCUGUUUGACCAGCUGCUUUCAGAGAACUACAACAGGAGCUGCGAGCUUCCCAUCACCAUCCGACCAGAGGAUGUGUGUGUUCUGCUAAAGCACACCAGUGGCCUUGUACCUCUGAAUCAAGAGCAUUUAGUUGUUAAAUUCUGUCAACUUGUUCAUCACCUCCUCAAUCAGCUGAAGGUUAUAAUGGAUGAACAGACACUGGAUGUGCUGGUAAAAUAUACUGUCAAUGCCCUGAAACAGUGCAGUACAUGGACCCACUCAGAUGUUCUCUUGGCACUUUCCACAGUCAUGUAUGGUAAUGGAUCUCAGUGCCACCAGCUCGUGAGUGACCUGCUGCGUGAAGAUGGAGUCAUUCUGCAGUACAGUUCUCCUUCCCAGCCAAAUAUCGAGUUGAGGCAUGUUGCGCUCACCUGCAUGGCCAACAUCUGCCUCAGGAUUCCCGGUCAGCCACUUUUGGACGAUCAGUACCGAAGUCUUUGUUUCAGACUUUUUCUGAAGACACUGCAGUCACCCAAACCUCCCAACACCGAUGAUCUCUUCUACGGCAUGGUCAUCCAGGCUGCUCUGAAGGGACUUCAGUUCUGUCUGUCAGGUGGGAAGUGGAAAUUUGGAGGAGGAGAGGAGCUUGGAUCUGUACUGGCUGCACUGAAGAGGCUCAUGUUCCAGGCAGCCCCUGGUUUGAGUGUCGACUGGCCAGAGGUAAUUUACCCAGCGCCUCUUUCGCAGUAUGAAAGUCUCUCUCCACCAAGGCCUACUGAACCACCAAAAACUUUAGAAACACCAAAGGAGGCUGAUAAGACUGGAAAAACUUCAGGAAAAAAAAAGAAGAAAUCGAAAGGAAAAGGAAAGAAGACAAAACCUGAAGAAAGCAAAGUGGAUGACAGAGAGGAGGAAGAUAGAGAAGCGGUGCCUGAAGUCUGUGGAGACGGAGGGGACGGCAGCAGAAAUGAUGUGGAGAGCUUAGCCAAACAGCCCGCCUCGUUUCUUUACCCGUUCUGGAAGCUGAACAGUUCUGAAUCAGAGUUUUCGGACAUCGAGGGGAACGCACAAAGCAAGUUAAGAGUUUACCAGUGCCGUGUUCGUCAGUUAGCCCUGCACUGCAUGCUAGCAGUAGUGAAAGCUGUGGAGAAGAGGACUCUGUAUGGUUACUGGUCCUCCUUCAUCCCAGACUCUCCUGCUGGUGGACCCCCAUCUCUAACUCUCCUUACAAUUAUACUAAAGGACCCCUCACCAAAGGUGCGACUGUGUGCGCUUCAGGUGCUGUCGGCCAUCUUGGAUGGCUCCCGGCAGUUUCUGGCUGCGGCUGAAGACACAGCAUCACCUCGAACGUCUUACACCCCGUUCUCCUUCAUGCUAGCUGCUGCUGUCAGAGAGCUGCACCGCGGCCUCAGCCUGGCUCUUCUGGCUGAAACGUCCUCUCAAACACUCACACAGGUCACAAAGUGCCUGGCGUUCCUGGUGGCCAACGCUCCCUAUCAUCGCCUCAGACCUGGCCUGCUGAGCCAGCUCUGGAAACAGAUUCGUCCUUAUGUGCGCCACAGAGAUGUGACCGUACGCGGGUCUGUGCUGAGACUGUACGGGGCGAUAGUAACGGCUCAGGCCCCGCUCCCUGAGGUGCAGCUUCUCCUCCAGCAGCCAGAAAACCUCGGCGGUGGCAGCAUCUCUGGCUCCGUAACGCCACAGGACUCUGCUCUCAGCUGGAGACACAGGAAUGGAGCAGCCUCGCCUGUUCGGACACCAGCAGCUUUCUCCCAACAAAACUCAAGCACGCAUUCCCCCCAGCUCCCUCACACACCGAGAGAGGAGGAGAAGUCGUCACCGUGGCUGUUGAAGCUGUGUGUUUCUCUGGUGACUCAGCCCAGGGAGGAGCAGUCAGACAGUGAGGGAGCUGGAGGCAGUGGUGCUUUAGAGCCCUCUCCUGUUCGACUAGAAGCUCUGCAGGUGUUGUCCCAUCUGGUACGCGGUUAUUUCCCUCUUGCUCAAUCAAGCCUGUAUGAGAUUGGGCAGCUGAGCGUUCGGUGCCUCGAGGAGACAGACCCCUCCAUACAGCUACACAGUGCAAAGCUACUAGAGGAGUUUGGUGCAGGAAUAAUCCAACAGUACAGAGCUGAGAACAGUGUUCCUGACAACUAUAAGGUUCCUGUGAACCAGGUGGUGGAGUUUUGGUUAGAAGUGUUGAGUGGGCCACUAAAUGCAGCACUACAGAAUGAACAACAUCCCACGCUACAGGCAAGCGCCUGCGACACGCUCGCCUCCAUCCUGCCACAGGCCUUCGCCCAGCUGCCUGAUAAAACCCAGCUGAUGUGCAUCACCGUGCUGCUGGGCCUGACCUACAUUGAGAACUAUCUGGUGAAGACUGCAGCCGUCAGGGCUUUGGGAGUUUACAUACUGUUCCCUUGUUUGAGAGAGGAUGUGAUGUUUGUGGCUGAUACUGCGAACAUUAUCCUCGCUGCCCUUGAUGACCGAUCUACAAACGUCCGUGCAAAAGCUGCGUGGUCUUUGGGAAACCUCACAGACACACUAAUCAUUAAUAUGCAGAAUGUAGGUGUGGAUUUCCAGGAAGAAUUGUCCGACAUGCUUCUGCUGAAGAUGCUGCAGGCAGCAACUCGAGCAGCUGCAGACAGAGACAAGGUGAAGUGCAAUGCAGUGCGAGCACUUGGAAAUCUGCUUCAUUUCCUGCGUCACAGUCAGAUGACUCGGCCUGUUUUCCAACGCCCUCUGGAAGACGCGGUUCGUGCUCUGGUCAAAACCGUCCAAUCGGAAGCAGCUAUGAAAGUCAGGUGGAAUGCCUGUUAUGCACUGGGAAAUGCGUUCAGAAAUUCCUCUCUGCCGCUUGAGACGGCUCCAUGGUCUCAGGAUGCCUUCUCCGCCCUCUGCCAUGUGGUCACCUCCUGCAAAAACUUCAAAGUCCGCAUCAAGUCGGCCGCCGCCCUCGCGGUGCCAGCUCAGCGCAGCUGCUACGGUGACACAAAGCGCUUCAGCUGCGUGUGGCGCUCUCUGGCCACAGCCCUGGAAAACAGCGAAGACGCAGUCGACUUUCUGGAGUACCGCUACAGUGCCAGCCUCCGACACACGCUCUCUGAGGCUCUGCUGCACCUGCUCAGCCUCGGCACGCUGCAGGACAUGCCUGAACUCAGCGCUUCGUUGGCCGGGGAGGAGGGUAGGAGCAUCAGACAGCAUUUAAUCAAGUAUCUUAAAGCGGAGGAAGGAGAAGGAAAAACAGGAGAAGAUGAAGCAGGAGAGGAGAGGAACUGUGGGGAGGAGAGUGGACAGCUGCAGCAAAGACUGGGUCGACUCCAGGAGGCGCUUGUCAGACUUAAGAGCCUGAAGGCUGAAGAGGAGGGAGGGGAGCAGGAGAAGGACAUGGUGGUUCAUUUCCUCGAGGAUCUGUUGAAGAUAUGUGAGGAGUUUUAGAAAUUUACUUUAACCUGAGUCUAUGGUAAAUCAGACUGGGGCAAAAAGUAAGAGAAGAGCAGAUCAGUGUUGAUACAUUUGAACAACAUGUUUUCAGAAGAAUUAAAAUCUGCUUUGAUGAUGAA